AAAGUGCACGCAGCACGGCAUAAUACGGUUGUCAUUUAAUUUAUAGGUCCCACUGCAAUAUUAGUAGAAAAUGGAAUCGUUAACUGUAACUUUGAACAAUGGACUAAAAAUGCCAAAAGUUGGACUCGGAACAUGGAAGUCAUCACCAGAGGCGGUGAGAGAGGCAGUUAAGUCGGCCAUUGGAGCGGGAUAUCGUCAUAUAGACACUGCAUCAGUCUACGGCAACGAGAAAGAGAUUGGAAAUGCAUUAAAAGAAGUGUUGAACGAAGGGAAAGUUAAAAGAGAAGAACUUUUCAUCACUACAAAGCUAGCACAAUCACAAAUGGAUCCAGAAGCCCUUCGUCGGAAUUUUGAGGCAUCGUACACGAAUCUUCAGUUGGAUUAUAUAGAUUUAUAUCUGAUUCAUAAUCCCAUUGGAUUAAAGGCUUCAGUGAACGAUGCUGUCGCUACUGGUAAAUACGCACCUGAUGGUGUGGAUUAUGUUGAUACGUGGAAGAUAUUAGAAACAUUUGUAGACGAAGGCCGCGUCAAAUCUAUUGGUGUAUCAAAUUUCAACGACAAACAAAUUGAAAGAAUAUUAAAAGUCGCGAAGUAUAAACCAGUGGUUAAUCAGAUUGAGCUCAAUCCGUAUUUUACAAGAACUAAGUUGGUUGAUCGAUGUCAGGCGAAUGGUAUUGUAAUUAUUGCUUACAGUUCAUUUGGUUCUUUAGACCGACCUUGGGCAAAGGAAGGAGACGCAAAUCUACUGAAGGAUCCAACUGUAUUGUCGCUGGCUGAAAAACACAAUAAGUCAUCGGCGCAGGUGUUACUUAGAUUCGCCAUUGACCGUGGUUGUUUAGUGAUACCCAAAAGUGUGACUCCAAAGCGGAUACAAGAUAAUAUUGAGGUAUUUGACUUCAAGCUUACCGCUGAUGACAUAAAUACUUUGAUGUCUCUUAAUCGUAAUUUCACAAUGGGCUUGGUAUUAUGGAAAACGUGCAAGGACCACCCACACAGUCCUUUUAACGAGGAAUUGCAAUUGUAACGUGAUUGGAAAUAAAUUUCAGAAUUGUUGGAAUUUUAAUGUUGCUCAAUUACAAAUUAAUAGACAUUGUGGCUAAUUUAUAUUGAAACAAUCCAUACACAAUCAUUAUUAUUGAUUAUUUGAGGUGACAUUCGAAUCAAACAUUGAAUUUAUAAUACUAGUAUAAUGUAUUCGACAUGAUGUUUAUCUGCAAGUAUAUAUACAAUACAACCAACUGCGAC